AUGUUACAGGUUGGUGAACGGCAUCAGCCAGGUACUGCAUUGUUUCGUGAACACGAUGAUUACAAUGAUGAGAGGCAGGAAGCGGACGAACUGGACGAUGGGGAAUGUUCGGACUCAUCCAGUUCGCAAGGUAGUUCACUCACCUUACGUCCCAAUUCGCCGACCAUGGAUCGGCCGAUUUCCGGUCACACCCCCUCACUGGGACCCCCACCUCCACCACCACCACCAACGACGACGACUAGUGCCAAAACAAUAAAUUUGUAUAGAAAUCAUCAUUCAACAACGCAUCCAGUGGCUUCGAACAAGACUGAGAGUCCUGAAAGUGGGAAUAAUUUCAGAGGAGCGAGAAUGGGACAAACCGAGCCGCAGAGGAAACAGCGCGAACAACAGUCGACGUCACAGCAACAGCAACAACAAGGACAAACGCUCGAACAAGCGAAUAAGCAAAAAUCUCGAGAACAUCAACAACGAAUUCAACAGUUUGCACGACGUCCUCCUCUGCAAAUUAGUCAAUCAUUCAGCGAUGUGGAGUCCUCUUUCUCCAGUUGUUUUAAUCAGUCUGGAUUCACUGUCCUGAAUCAAGAUCAACUGAUGACCUUGGCCACCGCAUUGGACCGCAAUCACAGUCAACUGGCCAAUCGUCAGCAGGCAUUACGUCAUCUGGUUCACUUGCCUAUCAUUGAUAUCCAGGCCUGUGAAGCUUGGAGUGCACCUGGAGUUACACUCGAAAACGCGGAAUCGAAUGCUCGGGAACAGGUUAGGCGAGACACAGAAUCCCCCAAACAGUCGGACAGUCGAAAAGAGCGGAAUACUUGGAUGGAUAAAACGACCACACAAUCGAACAAAUGGUUGCACGAUUCGGACAUGCAACCAUCAAGUUCGUAUCCAUUGGUUGGUGGAAAUCUUCGAACCGGUUUGGCCGAUGCAUUGAACGAUCCGGACGAGACAUUGUGGGUAAGGCUCUUCAAACAUAUUGACAAUUAUGCACCAUAA